UGAGCUUCCUAAUGCCGUGGCUAUAUAUAAAGCCCCUCGCUGGAGGCUGAACCACAUAGCCAGCUGUAUUCCCAGCCAGCGUUUCACAUUCCUAGGGCUCAGGCUGCCUCAGAGGAAGGGGGACCAUCGCCGGUUCAAGCCUCUCUAGUGGGGGACAGGAAAGGAAGAAGAACAACCCGGCUGAGCGAUUGCUUUUCGGCAUGGCCGCACCUAUAGAUCAUACAGAAGAGCUACGUCUCUACCAGCAAACUCUCCUCCAGGACGGGCUCAAAGACAUGCUGGACCACAACAAGUUCUUGGACUGCGUCUUGAAAGUCAAGGGGCAGGAGUUCCCCUGCCAUCGCCUGGUGCUGGCAGCUUGCAGCCCGUAUUUCCGGGCCAUGUUCCUCUCGGACAUGGAAGAGAGUAAGAAGGAGGAGAUCAACUUGGAGAACGUCGACCCCGACGUCCUGGGCAAGAUCCUCCAUUACAUCUACACCUCCGAGCUGGAGAUCACGGAGAAGAACGUGCAGGACAUUUUUUCCGUGGCCAACAUGUUCCAGAUCCCCUCCAUCUUCACCGUCUGCGUCUCCUUCCUGCAGAAGCGCCUCUGUCUCAGCAACUGCCUGGCUAUCUUCAGGCUGGGCCUGAUGCUGGACUGUGCCCGGCUGGCGGUGGCAGCCCGGGAUUUCAUAUGCGACCGCUUUGCCCUGAUCUCCCGGGACGAGGAGUUUUACCAGCUCUCCCCCGACGAGCUCAUCGCCAUCAUCUCCAACGACUCCCUCAACAUCGAGAAGGAGGAGACCGUCUUCGAGGUGGUGAUGAAGUGGGCAGCAGCCAAGGACCAAGAGGACCGGGUCAAGGCCCUGCCCGUGGUGUUCGAGAGCAUACGUUUCCGCCUCAUGCCCCAGGAUUACCUGCGGGACCAGGUGGAGAAGCAAGCCGUCGUCAAGUCCAGCCCGGACCUGCUCAAGAAGCUUCAAAUGGUGAAGGAUGCUCACGAGGGCAAACUCACUGUGGUGAGAAAGAAAAAGGUGAAGAAAAGCGGCGACAAGAAACCCGAGGACGCCGUCGUCAAUGGAGCGCUGGACGAGGAGGAUGAGAAAGAGGACGACGUCUUCCCGGGGAUCUUGAACGACACGAUGCGUUUUGGGAUGUUCCUCCACGACCUCAUCUUCAUGGUGAGCGACAGCGGGGCUGUGGCCUACGACCCCACUGCCAACGAGUGCUACUUCGCCUCCCUCUCGGCUCAGAUCCCGAAGAAUCACGUCAGCCUGGUGACCAGAGAGAACCAGAUCUUCAUAGUAGGUGGACUCUAUUACAACGAGGACAACAAGGAAGACCCCAUGAGCUCCUACUUCUUGCAGUAUGAUCACCUGGACUCCGACUGGCUGGGCAUGCCCCCGCUGCCAUCCCCACGCUGCCUCUUCGGGCUGGGAGAAGCGGAAAACUCCAUCUUAGUGGUAGGGGGGAAAGAGCUGAAGGAGGGAGAACACACCUUGGACUCGGUCAUGUGCUACGACCGGCUGUCCUUUAAGUGGGGUGAGUCAGAACCACUUCCCUACGCAGUCUACGGCCAUGCUGUGGUGUCUCACAAUGAUCUGGUCUACGCCAUAGGAGGCAAAGGAAGCGACAGGAAGUGCCUGAACAAGAUGUGCGUCUACAGCCCCACCAAGUUCGAGUGGAAGGAGCUGGCUCCCAUGAAAACUGCUCGCUCUCUGUUCGGGGCAGCCGUGCACAACGACAAGAUCUACGUGGUGGCAGGAGUGACCGACUCUGGCCUGACUAACUCCGUGGAAGUGUAUGACAUUGCAGCCAACAAGUGGGAGGCCUUCACCGAAUUCCCCCAGGAGCGCAGCUCCGUCAGCCUGGUCAGCCUGGGCGGCACUCUCUAUUUACUGGGCGGCUUUGCCACGGUGGAGACCGAGUCGGGCGAACUGGUGCCAACUGAGCUAAAUGACAUCUGGAGGUACGACGACGAAGAUAAGAAGUGGGAAGGCGUCCUCAGAGAGAUCCAGUAUGCCUCCGGUGCCACCUUCCUGCCUGUCCGCCUUAACGUUUUACGGUUAACAAAGAUGUAAAUGACACCACGGGGUUUGGGGUUUUUUUCGGUCCUUGUUUUUCCAAAGGAGGGGGGGAUGAUUUCAGUGGCUGAGCUGUAGUACGCUACAUCUGUGAUCGGUUGUCAUUUAACUUCACCCAAGCAGGAAAGGGAAACAGUAGAUCAACGCCUUCUGGGAGCUUUGAAGGGGGUUACAUUACUCUAGAAACACAGGCCUGGGGGCAUCGGGGAGCUCUGCCAGGUCGAUGAGCUGGGACAGUUGCACUUGUUUUGUCUCCAGAAUCGGAUGCCUUCUGCUCUUCCUGGUCUGGACAGGAGCUAUACCCCUUUUUUCUUCAAGACUUGCAAGCAUUCGCAUGGAUCCCUUCUCCAGUUUCUCCCCCUCAGCCGCCCGUCUGAACGGGGAAGGCAGGAGAUGGAUCUCACUAGAACAGAACGAACCAACUAAAUUAGCACAAGAUGCAACUGUGCAAGAAAAAAAUCAAAAUAGCCCCCUGCACGGUAACUCCCAGGCAGCUUUAACAGCCCUAGUUAUCGCUAGCAAGGAGAGGAGAGCUGGGAGGAAGGCGUUUGGAGCAGGUCUGCAGAUUGCUGAGCUAGGUCACGUCAUAAGACUUGGUGGUUGUUCGGAGAGGAAAUGCAACAGGCAAGUAAAGCGUAUGUGUGGGGAUAAGGAGAAGAAACUCCUCGGGCUGCUGUGGCAGAGGAUGUUAGGAAGACAGGACCGAAGCAAGCAUGCACCGAAGCACUGGUGUGAUCGCAACACAUGCCGUGAAUGCUGGGUGUCCCAGACAGCCCCGCAACCUCUGGGAUGAACUAACUUCCGCGCCAGCCUUUUGAACUUCACUUCCUUUGGCUUUAUUUAAUCUUGGCAUUCAGGGGAAUCCCAGUGCUUGGGUCCUGCUCCUUUCCAGCAGCUGUUACAGAGAUGCAACGGGGAAAGCUCUGGUAUAAAACAGGGGGGAACUUCAUCUGGGU